AUGGCGCCAGGAAUAAUGCCUUAUUCAUCCGCUGCUCUCUGGAUACUUGGUAUCAUGAGUUCUGUCGUAACUUCAGCGGCAGCUGCUGGCGCCGCAAACCAGGCCGGUGUUCUUGAAGGAAUGAAUCCGUCUAAUUACAACGCCAACAAUCCUCUCACAUUGUUCAUCAUUCAGGCUGCCCUAAUCAUCGUAACAUGCCGUUUACUGCAAUAUCCUUUGUCAAGAAUGAAGCAACCUCGUGUCAUCGCUGAGGUUGUUGGAGGUAUUAUCCUUGGACCAACCGUCAUGGGCCGGAUACCUGGGUUCAAGCAUGCCAUAUUCCCGGACGCUUCUAUGCCCUUACUUUCCCUUGUGGCAAACCUUGGGCUAGUGAUGUUCCUGUUCCUAGUUGGUCUCGAGGUUGAUAUCCGUAUGUUGUUGAGAAACUGGAGGGUCGCCGCAAGCGUCAGCGCUGCAGGAAUGAUUCUUCCAUUUGGACUCGGUGCGGCUAUUGCAUAUGGUCUCUACCAUCAGUUCCCAGAAGGCGAAGAUACGGUUUCUUUCGGAGUUUACAUGCUCUUCAUUGGUGUUGCUAUGGCAAUUACGGCUUUCCCGGUUUUGGCGAGAAUUCUGACAGAGCUUAAGCUCCUUCAAACCAAUGUGGGGACAAUUGUCCUGUCUGCAGGCGUUGGUAAUGAUGUUGUCGGCUGGAUCUUGCUCGCCCUGACCGUCGCCCUGGUUAAUGCAGGGACUGGGCUCACAGCUCUUUAUGUUCUCCUCGUUUCGGUUGCUUGGGUCUUGUUCCUGGUUUAUGCCGUUCGUCCAGCAUUUCUCUGGGUUCUUCGCCGUGAUGGAUCAAUCGAAAAUGGUCCAUCACAAUCUAUGGUAGCUCUCACACUUCUCAUGGUGUUGGCUUCAGCUUUUUUUACCGACAUCAUCGGCGUGCACGCAAUUUUCGGUGGUUUCUUGAUCGGAUUGAUUUGUCCUCACGAGGGUGGUUUUGCGGUGCGUCUGACAGAAAAGGUUGAGGAUCUUGUAUCUGUUCUUUUUCUCCCACUUUACUUUACUCUUUCUGGUCUGAAGACCAAUAUUGGUCUGUUGGAUGAUGGUAUCGUCUGGGGUUACGUUGUCGGCGUUGUUGUGAUUGCCUUCUUCGGCAAGAUCUUUGGUGGAACAAUGGCCGCAAGAGUGAAUGGGUUGGUUUGGAGAGAAAGUCUUACUAUUGGUGUCUUGAUGAGUUGUAAGGGUCUGGUCGAACUUAUUGUCUUGAACAUCGGUCUUCAAGCUGGUAUUCUAAGCACCAAGGUUUUUACCAUCUUUGUGGUUAUGGCCCUUAUCACAACAUUUGCGACGACUCCAUUUGUGAUGUGGCUUUACCCCCCAUGGUAUCAAAAGAAGCUCGAAGCCUGGAAGCGUGGUGAGAUCGAUUGGGAAGGGAACCUACUUACGCCCGAAAGUGGUGAUGGAUCAAACUCUGCACUUAUAGGACAGAAAGAAAUCACCACAAAAUUCUCUAGGGUCACUGUAUUGCUUCGCCUGGAAAGCUUACCAAGUGUGCUAAACUUCAUCAACUUGUUGACCGGAGAACGGCCAGAACCUGCCGCGAAAAUACACAAAUCUAAAAUCAACGCAAUCCAAGAGGAGGGUGAAACUGCGGAAAUCCGUCCCCCAGUUCUCAAUAAGCGAUUGUUAUCAGUACACGGUGUCCGGUUGGUUGAGCUUACUCAACGUACCUCGACUGUCAUGCAAGUGUCUGAGGUUGAUGAACUCCAAGAGAGAGACCCGGUCGUAAACGUUUUCCGAUCCUUUGCGAGAUUUCUAAAUGUCUCGGUCUCAGCUGGGCUAUCCGUCGCCCCUGAUAGCUCUUUUGCGGAAGUUUUGACAACAAGUGCUUCGGAACAAUCAUCGGAUUUACUUAUCGUUCCGUGGAGUGAAACUGGAGCAAUCUCGGACUCGCCGGAUACUCAAAAUGCAACUCAAGAAAACCGCUUCACAUCUCACCAACACAACCUUUUUAUAAGCAGGGCUCUCGAUGAAGCCAACUGCACAACUGCUAUUAUGAUCAAUCGAGGUUUUGGUGGCGCUGGGUUAGAGAGAACUCUCAGCCGCGCUGUAAGCCAUUCCAGUAUGCGUUCCCGUAGGACCACAGAUGCCAUGGCGCCUGUAGUUCCUGUUUCCGACCCAUCACAUCAUAUUUUCUUUCCUUUCUUUGGCGGUAUCGAUGACCACAUCGCUCUGAGGUUUGUUCUUCAAUUGGCAUCCAACAAGAACGUCACUGCUACAAUAGUCCGUAUCGCCUACAAAUCUGACGCUGAUACACAACUGAACCUUGAGCUCCCAUCACCGGCACAAAUCCACCGAAAGGAUCUUCCAAGGGGUCUCUCCUCAUCGAACAUUCCAACCAGACUCUCACGCGAUGCUAUCUCCUCUUCGUCUCAGUCUCAGAGUGCAGGGAGCAGCACCGCCGUUGAGAUUCAGGAUCCAGAUGCCAAUUUCUUCCAAGUGAUGGUAGACUCCCUUCCAGAAAACCUCUCCCAGAGGGUUGUAUUUGAAACCUUUAGAACGAGCCAGCCUCUACAUUACGCAAUUGUCAAGGCCCGAGAGGAGGUUGGUCAAUCAUCAAGGAAUGCCGGGGAUCUCAUCAUCGUCGGGCGAAGCCAACACGAACCCGGAACAUCACAAAUUAGAGAGGAGUUGGUCACUGUCCUGGAUACCCUCGGUGUUCCCUCCGGCGCUGGCGCAGAGACCCGGAAAUGUCUGGGAGAUGUUGCGGAAGCGUUCAUUGUUUCUGGAAUCAAAGCAUCGGUGGUAGUGUUGAAAGCUGGCGGAAGAGCCUUGGAAUCAGCAACUGAGACAACCUCUGCUCCUGUAAAAGGAUCUCCUACAGCAAAGGCAGUUGAAAUGGAGACAAACCCUACCACGUAA